AUGGGUUUUUUUAAUCCUCACUCAGUAACCAUUCUUUUUCGAAGUCCUUAUACCGACAUUCCACAACAUGAACCUGAGGGUAGUAGUUUUUGCCCUGCACAUACACCAUGGAAAGAACAAGAUUUUACAAUUGUGCACCAGAAUAUUCGAGACCGUGUUUCGCCGGGAAGAGGAGUUGGCGCUUACAUUAGCAACAGCUUAAAUUAUGUUAGAAGUCUCGAUUUGGAAACUUAUGAUGUCGAAUGCAUUUGGUUACAAAAAUUUUCCGAUUACACAAAGUCUUUUAUUGUUAGUAUACUUUAUCGACCACCGAAUACCUCAAAACACCUCAAUAAAAACUUUAACAAUAAUCUUCAAAAAACUUUACCAAAAAUGAAUAACGGAAACAAAGAACUCAUAAUACUGGGACACAUUAACUGUAAUUAUCUUAUAAAAAAUAACAAUAAACCUUUGAAAGAUUUACUAUCAUUAAAUGGCCUUAUACAAACCAUCAAGGGACCAACAAGAAUUACGGACACCACUGAGUCGCUUAUUGAUGUUAUUUUGACAACAAAACCCGAGAAUCUAAUGGAAAUUAAAAUCGCUUCAACCGCUCUGAGUGAUCAUUAUGCCAUUGGGUGCAAAAGAAAACUUAAUAACAUUAAACAACAGUAUGAAACAAUAAAAUGUAGAGAUUAUUCAAAUUACAAUUCUGGUGAAUUAUCUCGCGAUUUGAGUAAUGAAAACUGGGAUUCAGUUUAUGCUGAACGAAAUCCUAAUAACGCCCGGGAUACAUUGAGAGAUAUUGUAAGUCGGAAUUUCAAAAAGCAUGCCCCAAAUAUUACCAUAAAAGUCAAAGGUAAAAAAUCACCAUGGUUGACACGUGAUAUAAAAUCGGAAAUGAAUUACCGAGACAGAAAGUUUCGUAAAUCAAGAACUUCCACCGACUUUGAAAAAUUCAAGAGUCAAAGAAACAAAGUAAAUAACCUUGUUAGAAAAGCUAGAAACGAACAUAUUAAAUCUUUUAUUAUUGACGGCAUAAGAAACUCAAAUGCAAAAUCUAUCGCAUCACGUUUUUGUUCUUACUUCUCUACCACCGUUUCGAAACUGAAAGCCAAGGCAAUGCCACUGAAAAAUUUCAUCUGGGCAAAACCGAAGGAAAGUAAUUUGAAAACAAGUACUACCUUUGAAUUCACUGAGGUCACAGUUAAUGAAGUUUUCGUGCAUCUCAAGAAACUCAAACGUAGUAAGGCUUGUGGUUCUGACGAUCUUCCACCAGGCAUGUUGAAAGAGAGCGCAAAACACUUAGCAAAGCCUCUUUGCCAUGUCAUCAAUGCCUCACUAAGAUCUGGUAUAAUGCCGUCCGAUUUCAAGCUGGGACAAGUGACGCCCAUUCACAAAUCAGGACGUAAAGAUGACAUGGACAAUUAUCGUCCAAUUACCGUCUUGCCUGUUUGUUUGAAAAUUCUGGAAAAAUGUAUUCACAACCAGUUAUGUAAAUUUUUAGAGCAGAAUAAACUGUUAUCUGAAACUCAAUUUGGCUUUAGAAAGAAAAGAAACACGGAACUUGCUGCCACACUAUUUCUUGACACAAUAAGAAGGAAUAUAGACAAUGGAGAGUUAACUGGUGCAAUCUUCAUAGAUCUUAGCAAAGCCUUUAAUUCGCUAAGUCAUGCACAAAUCAUUGAAAGCCUGAAAAGUCAUGGUGUUACAGGAAUUGAAAAGGAACUUUUCAUUGACUACCUCUUUGGUCGGAAGCAAACUGUGAAAAUAAAUAAUGAAACAUGUGAACCUGAGUCAGUAACCUGUGGUGUACCUCAGGUUACUGACUCAGACCUCUCUUUCACCAACUCCUACAAGUAUAUUGGUGUAAAAUUGGACCAAACUCUUUCACUAUUUGAGCACAUCGCGUCGACAUACAAGGAGAUUAUACUUGCUUCAGAUAAUCAGACCUCAGUUAACCAUCGAGACUGCAACAACAAUAUACAAGACCAUGUUGAUACCAGUUUUCACGUAUUGUUCAAUCAUUACAUGUUAUUCUACCAAGACGUAUCAGCUAAAGUUGGAAAAUUUAGAAAAGCGAGUAAAUCGUAUUAUAUUCAAGAAGAACGUGCCAAGAAAAUCUACACCAGCACCAAUUAA